UAUUUUUUAACAGUUGCAAAUAAUAAUUUUCCUCUACCGCCAACGUUCCAAAGGUCCUACCCCCAAAACGCGACCCGACCUAGACCAACCCCUACGCGUCGACCCCCUUUCUCUCCCUCGCUUCCGAAAUCACAAAUUUCAUCCCUUUAAUCCCCAGUUUCCAAUCAUUUUUUCUCGACCAAAUUUCCAUAGAAGCUUUUUAGUUUAUCCAAAUUCUUCUUGUUGUUAUUGCUUUGUUUCUUCUUGCUUAUGAGUUUAUUAGAUAUUGAUUUUGCUCUUGCAUAAUCCUUUUGUUGUUUAAUCAUUUACUUGGUGUAUUUUUUUUUUCCUGGGUUCUUGUUGAUCUCAAAUUUUGUUUCUGGGUUUAAUUUUUUUUUUUGUUGUUCGAAAACCGCCUUUUGAUCAUCCCAAGCAACGUUGUGAGAAAGUCCAUUUGGUUUCCCGCUUGAUUCACAGUCUUACUUGGUAAAAGGAUGUUGAUGUAAUGAUGAAUCAAGGAGCUGAGACCUUAGCUACAGUGGAUCCCAGUUCGCUAGAGAAUCGGUAUGUAAUUAAUGGCCAAGGACAGGCAUCUUCAUAUCCUCCCUCAGCGGCUGGCUCUGAAGCCUUAUCAUGGACCACUCAUAGGGUUGAUAAUAGCUCAACGGAGAAUGGAAUUCCUUCUAACUCAACUUAUAAUUAUGAUCCGCAUAUGCAGCAACCGGCGGCUAUUUCAUCGAGUUUGGGAUCAUCAAGUACACAACAAGACUACAAUGGCUAUACAUCGUACUCAAACUCCUCUGAUCCAUAUGCUUAUGGAAGCACAGGAUAUCAAGGAUACUAUAAUAACAACUAUCAGCAACAAACUAACAGCUAUCAGCAACAAACUAACCAUUCCUACUCACAACCUGUAGGAGCAUAUCAAAACACAGGUGCUCCUUAUCAGCCCCUUUCCUCAUUUCAGAAUACUGGGUCUUAUGCUGGGUCUUCAAGUUAUACAAGCACUUAUUACAAUCCUGGUGAUUAUCAGACAGCUGGAGGUUAUCCGAGUAGCAGUUACAAUAAUCAGACUUCCGGGUGGAAUGAUGGCAAUUAUGCAAAUUACACUUCUCAACAAUAUGCAAAUUACACUCCAGAUACAAAUGCUGUUUAUAGUUCUGGUACAGCUCCUGCAACUUCAGUAAAUUAUCAGCAGCAUUACAAGCAAUGGGCAGAUUAUUACAGUCAGACAGAAGUCAGCUGUGCUCCUGGUACAGAAAAUAUAGCUGUUAAUAGCACGUCUAAUUUUGGUACUUCCACUGGGUAUCCAACAUUUAACAGCCAGCCACAUCCUCCAUACAAUCAAUCUUGGAGGCCAGAAUCAGUUCCAUCUGAAGUGCCUCCGGUGCAGUCUGGUUCGGUAGUUAGUGGUGCUUAUGAUGGUUAUUGGAAACAUGGGGCGCCUACUGCCCAAAUUCAUAACACAAGUCCAGCACAACCUCACUUUCAAAAGCCUUUGGAGCAAAAAUCUUCCUAUGAUAGCUUUCAGGAUCAACAGAAAACUGCAUGUCCUCAGGGACCUAGUUUACAGUAUCCUGCUUCUCAUCAGGUGUCCCACUUAUCCCAGUCGCCUCAGGUGCCCCAUUUGUCCCAGUUGCCUCAGGUGCCUCAGUUGAAUCCAGUGCCUCAGACUUAUCAAUCACCUGUGCAAACUGCUCCUUCUCUAGAUACGCGAAGGGUGAACAAACUGCAGAUCCCAACAAACCCUAGGAUUGCUUCAAAUCUGACCUUUGGCAUAACAAAAACUGAUAAGGAUAGCUCUACGAUUAGUGCAGCAGCAAAACCAGCUUACGUCAGUGUUUCACUACCUAAGCCAAAUGAGAAGACUCCGUCUAGUACUGGUGCUGAUUCUAUGUUAAAGCCUGGUAUGUUCCCAAAGUCACUACGUGGUUAUGUUGAAAGGGCGUUGGCUCGCUGUAAAGAUGAAACACAAAUGAUGGCUUGUCAGGCUACCAUGAAGGAUAUGAUCACUAAGGCAACUGCUGAUGGUACACUUUACACACGUGAUUGGGACAUUGAGCCUCUUUUUCCCCUGCCAAAUUCGGAUGAUGACAAUAAAGAAAUUUUACAGGGUACAACCCCUAUUUCUAUAUUGCCAAAGUUCAAAAGAAGUCCCAAUCGCCGUUCUAAAAGUAGGUGGGAGCCUCUACCCGAUGAGAAACCGAUUGAGAAACCAGCAUAUGCCAAUAAUAAUGCUCUAAAAUAUGCUGGAUGGAUGCAUGCUAAUGAAAAGGACAGAAAGACGCUUAAUUUUGGGAGCAAGGAUAAUAAUUCGAAUAAUACAAAAUUUCUCUCUCUGGAGCAGAAAGGUGCAAGUAAGAUUAUCCAGAGACCAGUAAAAAAGCAGCGCCAUUCUGAUGGUUUGGGUGCUGUGGAAAAUGGUGAUGCGUCUAGUGACAGUGAUAAGGAGCAAGGUUUAACAGCAUAUUAUGCAGGAGCAAGUGCACUAGCAAAUUCACCAGAAGAAAGAAGGAGACGUGAGAGUCGUUCCAAGCGUUUUGAAAAGGGGCAAGGACAUCGAACUGAAACUAAUCACCAUAAAGCAAAAAAUUCUGGAGCUGGAAACUUGUAUGCUAGAAGGGCUAUGAUAAGCAAAAAUUUUGAAGAUGGUGCCAGCAGGGCUGUUGAGGACAUGGACUGGGAUACUCUUACUGUCAAGGGGACAUGCCAGGAAAUUGAGAAACGUUAUUUGCGCCUUACGUCUGCACCUGAUCCAUCCAGUGUAAGACCUGAAGAAGUACUAGAAAAAGCUCUUCUUAUGGUUCAAAAUUCUCAAAAGAAUUAUCUCUAUAAAUGUGAUCAGUUGAAGUCUAUUCGCCAAGAUUUAACCGUGCAAAGAAUUCGCAAUCAACUAACAGCAAAGGUGUAUGAAACUCAUGCUCGAUUGGCACUGGAAGUUGGGGAUCUGCCGGAGUAUAAUCAGUGCCAAUCUCAGUUGAAAGUUCUUUAUGCUGAAGGAAUUGAGGGUUGUCAUAUGGAGUUUUCUGCAUACCACUUGCUUUGUGUUAUUCUGCACUCAAAUAAUUACAGAGAUCUCUUAUCAUCAAUGUCAAGAUUAUCUGAUGAAGCAAAAAGGGAUAAAGCAGUUAAGCAUGCUCUAGCUGUUCGUGCGGCUGUCACUUCAGGAAAUUAUGUUAUGUUUUUCAGACUCUACAAAACAGCUCCCAACUUGAAUACCUGCCUUAUGGAUCUUUAUGUUGAAAAGAUGCGGUUUAAGGCAGUAAGCUGCAUGUCUCGGUCAUAUCGUCCGACAUUACCUGUUUCAUACAUUGCUCAGGUUUUGGGUUUUGCUACCGUUGUGCCUGCAAAUGAGGGAAGUGAUGAAAAGGAUUUAGACGGUGUAGAGGAAUGUGUUGAAUGGUUGAAGGCACAUGGUGCAUGCCUUAUUACAGAUAACAACGGAGAGAUUCAGCUUGACACAAAGCCUACAUCAUCUAGUCUUUACAUGCCAGAGCCAGAAGAUGCUGUGUCCCAUGGGGAUGCCAGUCUUGCUGUUAAUGAUUUUCUGACACGAACAACCUUAUAGCCAAUUUAAUUGUAUCCAAUUGUAUUUGGAGAUAUUAACAGUGACAAAAUGGAAAAUCAUGCCGCCCUCAUCAUUCUAGUGUACAAACAAAGGGGAACCGGUCAAUUUUCUGACUGAUUGAACAUCCGGCAAAAGGGCGGGGAAUUGCGGCGGGAGUUGUCUGUAACACUAGGGAGAAUACUCACAGAUGUAUUAUUUGGAGCAUGUAAUGAUGAUACAGGUUCCAAUAUUCCCAUAGAAACGGGAAUGGCCAAGAGUCUUGGGCUAGCAUUGUAGUAUUCAUAUUCCUUUUAUUUUGUUUUCCUCUCUUUUGCAAACAGAAAUCCAUUCUUUUGUGAGGACAGAAAGUGAUAAAUAUACUAGAAAAUGAAACGCAGGAAAUCUGUCUUGUAUCUUAAAUUGAUCAAUGCUUAAAAAUUUUUGAGCUCAA